AUGUCCGCUCACGUCUUCUCGCAGCUUCCAGCUCUCCAGGCUACUGUUGCCUCGGACUGCAGAAUACUCCAAGACCCUGAGGAUUCCGCCUUUCAGGAACGUCUGAGACGCUGGACUAAUAUUGGCCGACAGACUCCGACAGCGAUCAUCCUCCCUCGGACGGAAGAGGACUGCCUCGAAACCGUCCGAUGGGCUCUGCAACACUCCAUUCCCCUGGUACCCUCGAGUGGGGGCCACAGUGCCUGGUCCACGAUCGGUGAGGGAGGGGUGAUCAUUGACCUCAGUAACUACGUCGACAUCCGGGUGGAUGAGGAAGCAAAGACGGCCACCCUGGUCGGUGGAGUUCUGUCGAAGGAAGUCGGACUCCGCCUGGCAGAAGCAGGGCUCUUCACAGCUCUCGGAAACGGCAAUACGGUCGGGGCGAUUCCCUACUUCCUGGGCGGAGGCGCCUCCAUCACCACCUCCAUCACCGGCUUCGGGUCCGACCAGAUCGUCUCCGCGCGGGUCAUCACAGCCAGGAACGGCGGAGAGCUAGUGGAGGUGACCGCGACAGAGCAUCCCGAUCUUCUCUGGGCGCUGCGCGGCGCUGGGCAGUUCUUCGGCCUGGUCACCCAACUCACCAUCCGCGCCCACCCAGUCUCCUUGCUCCGCAAGCAGCAGGGCCUGAUCUGGGUCGGGGCAUUCAUCUUCCCUCUGGCCCGGACGGCGGAGGUCACCCGCGUGAUGAAGACCCUCAUGGCCGACACGCAACACGCGACCGCCGGCCUGAUGAUGAUCAUGGCGCCCCCGCCCACGCGCACCCCCUCGCUAGUCAUCUCAGCGCGGUACACCGGGGACGAGGAUCCACACGUGCCCUUCGGACCGCUAUAUGACCUCCAGCCCGUAGUGGCGACGGGAAACGAGGUUCCCGUGCAGAACGCAAGUGACGCGCGGGAGAUACUGUGCGCCAAGGGCGACUUCAAGCAGUUCGGGGUGGUAGGGCUGCACGGAUUCGACGCAGACGCAUUCGUGCGCACGGUCGACAUCUGGACGAAGAUGGUGACCGAGUGUCCCGACGCGAUCAAUACGGCCUUCAAUUUCCAGUGGGACGCGAGGCCCCCCCGAGCGCCCGAGGCGGAUUCGGCCAGUUCCUUGCAUGAUAUCCGGUACUGGCAGAAUAACCUGAUCUGGCAUACCGACAGCGCCAAUCGCGACAAGGUGGACAGAUACAACGAGGCGUGCAUCUCCGUCAUGCGGGGGCCGGACGAGAUGCGCUUCGUGGACUUCCAGAAUGGAACGCGGACGGGGCCCAUCGAACGACGGUACCGUGGGACGGCUCGACUGGCGAAACUACGGAGGCUGAAGCGGGAGUGGGAUCCGCAAGGGGUGUUUACGACGCAGUUACUCGAUUGA